CCAAUCUAAGCAUCUGCCUGAGCGUCAAUCUCAUUAUCGUCUUUUCCAUCACCCUCCACCACAAGCAACAUUUCGCCCUCCUCUCGAAGUGGGCCGUACCUCGAUUUGGAAACGGCAUCUCCUUGUUUGAAGCCAUGAAGGCCCACCACAAACCUGACGAUGACUAUGACUACCUCUUCAAAAUUGUUUUAGUGGGGGAUUCUGGCGUCGGCAAAUCCAACCUGAUCUCCCGUUUCACGAAAAAUGAGUUCAAUAUGGAGUCAAAAUCAACUAUUGGAGUCGAGUUUGCUACACGAAGUAUCGAGGUGGAUGGCAAAACCGUGAAGGCUCAAAUAUGGGACAUGGCCGGGCAGGAGCGCUACAGGGCCAUCACGAGCGCGUACUAUCGGGGAGCCGUUGGCGCCCUUCUUGUCUACGACAUCACUCGUCAAGUGACGUUCGACAAUGUUGAGCGAUGGCUGAAGGAACUUCGGGACCAUGGCGAUCAAAGCAUUAUUAUUACUCUGGUCGGCAACAAAUGCGACCUUAAGCAUCUCCGGAAGGUGGCUAUGGACAAGUCUCAAGGCUUCGCUGAAAAGGAGGGCUUUUUCUUCAUUGAGACAUCUGCAUUAGAUGCCACCAAUGUCGAAGAUGCUUUUACGCAGAUCCUGACGGAGAUUUACUGGAUGAUGACGAAGAGAGCACUUGCACCAGAUGAAGAUAGUUAUCAGCCGGGACGUGGUCAAACCAUUGACAUCAAUGCACCACAGCCUGAGAAGAAAGUCGAGAGCUCGUGUUGUGGCUGACUGACACGCAUGCUGCCUUCUACGCCAAGUGUGAUUUAAUGCAUCAUACUAUUGUGAAGGCACUGUACUUGAGGACGCUGUACUUGCUCAUUAUUCGCAUAAAUCUCCGAAUGGUAGUGGUAGUGGACUUACCAUGCUUAAAGCGUGCUUUGGUGGAGGAAUUGUGGUUGAGAUAAUAUUU